AUGAACUACUUUAACGCAGCUAAGAAGGUGACUCAAUUGGUUGGCAAAGAGGUCAAUAAACAUACAGGCACCAAGACUUACUCUGAUAAGGACAAGCAACAAAUUGCAAAAGCCACUGAUGCUGCCUCGUCCACCGACAGAGAUUCUAAGCCAUUACAAGUAUUGAUUUAUACCCACAAUAUUAGGUUUGACACUAAGAAACUUGUUGAUGGAGAAAAACCAUGGUCAGAGAGAAAACAGGGAGUAAUUCAUUUGAUCAAGCAAGCAACUUCAAAUCCCAAUUUACCAGCAAUUGUGUCGCUCCAAGAAGUAUUACAUAACCAAUUACAAGACAUCUUGCAUGGUUUAGGACCAGAUUGGACAUAUUUUGGUGUUGGUAGAGAUAAUGGCGAUACACAUGGAGAAUAUUCACCGAUAUUGUUUAAUAAACAAGAUUGGGAACCAGUAUUUACAAAGACAUUUUGGUUGAGUGAAACUCCUAGUAAACCAAGCAAGAGCUGGGAUGCCGCAUUUAAUCGAAUUGUCACCAAUGUCAUUUUGAAAAAUCGUAAAGUUCAAGGUCGCAGUACCAAAGUGAUUAAUAUGUUUAAUACCCAUUUCGAUCAUCGUGGUAAAGAAGCACGAAAACAAUCAGCAUUGUUGAUUGUGAAAUUGAUGGAAGAGGCACCAGUUGGCGGCGGCAGUGGCGCUGGUGGUAAACUGGUUUUAACUGGUGAUUUAAAUAGUGACCCAAAUGCCGAAGGGUAUCAAACAUUGGCCAAUUUUUUACAAGAGUCUGGAGUCAAAGCACAAAAGAUUGAAGGUGAAAGAAGAACAUGUACUGGGUUUUGUAAUGGCGGUGAUGGUGAAUCCAUAAUUGAUUUUAUUUGGACCAGUCAGAAUGUACCUAUUUUGUAUCAUGCCACGCAAAGUCAAUUAUGUGGUGGUGAAGAAGGAUAUGAGUGUUUAUGUAGUGACCAUCGUCCAGUUAUAGCAAUUGUUGAGAUAUAA